AUCCUCAAAGAUGGAGAAUCAUUGCAAACACAACAACUGAAUUGUGAGAACAUCUUCAAUUACAACACACUUCCCAAUCCAUACUCAAAAUGAAAGUAUCUAUCGUGAUCGCCCUCAUUGCAUCCUUCGUCCUGGCAUUCGCAUCAGCUCGCCCUCAAUUCGAGCGUGGUUCCAUUUUCGCUCCCAGCGGACGCUUUGCCAUGACUCAGAACUGGGCCUCUCCUCCUGUGGAUCUGAGCAAAGGCGUGGUUCUCUUGCCAGAGGCAACGCCCAUCACCGAACCACCUCAGGAGCCAAAACUCACGCCGACCAGCAAGACGACUUAAAAGAAAUGAUUUCAUAUUAGAAUAUACUGUAUUUAUUAAACAUUAUCUAUAACUCAAAGAGUAAAUAUAAAUUGUAGAUCUCAAACUUGCUCAAUUCCGAGUAUUGCCAAUAUAAUAUAAAUGCGAAUAAUCAUUCACAAUCGAGGGAAGGGGAAAACAAGUUUGGAGAGUGUGAUAAUUAUUCUCAU